CCCAUGAACAGCGUCAUGUGAAGCACGCGCAUUGGAACAGCAUCUGUCGGCAGGCGGGCGAUCACCAUCUAGCCCAGCCAUGUCCAAGGGAAGUGCUGAAAAGACCAAAAAAGCCGACGAUAAAAAGAGUCCCGUCAAAAGUGGCGAAAAGACACCGGAAAAGGUCGAAAGCCCGGACGGCGAAAAAUCCGAAAAAGGCUCCUCGGAGGAGAAAACUGGAUCAAAGAUCGAGAAAAGUGGCGAGAAGACAGGAUCCAAGAUCGAGAAAAGUGGCGAGAAGUCAGGAUCCAAGAUCUUGAAAAGUGGCGAGAAGACAGGAUCCAAGAUCGAGAAAAGUGGCGAGAAAUCUGGCUCGAAGAUCGAGAAAAGCGGCGAGAAGAGUGGAUCGAAGAUCGAGAAAAGUGCCGAGAAAUCUGGCUCCAAGACCGAGAAAAGCGGCGAGAAAUCUGGGUCGAAAAUUGAGAAGAGCGGCGAGAGAUCUGGAUCCAAGACCGAGAAAAGCGGUGAGAAAUCUGGAUCCAAGAUCGAGAAAAGUGGUGAGAAAUCUGGAUCCAAGAUCGAGAAAAGCGGUGAGAAAUCUGGAUCCAAAAUCGAGAAAAGUGGCGAGAAAUCUGGAUCCAAAAUCGAGAAAAGCGGCGAGAAGACAGGAUCCAAGAUCGAGAAAAGUGGUGAGAAAUCUGGAUCCAAGAUCGAGAAAAGCGGUGAGAAAUCUGGAUCUAAAAUCGAGAAAAGUGGCGAGAAAUCUGGAUCCAAGAUCGAGAAAAGCGGCGAGAAGACUGGAUCCAAGAUCGAGAAAAGCGGCGAGAAGACUGGAUCCAAGAUCGAGAAAAGCGGCGAAAAAAGUGGCUCCAAGACCGAGAAGAGUGGCUCCAAGACCGAGAAGAGUGGCUCCAAGACCGAGAAGAGUGGUUCCAAAACAGAGAGGAGUGGUGAAAAGACAGAGAAAACUGAGAGGAGUGGUGAGAAGACUGAGAAAACUGAAAGGAGUGGUGAGAAGACUGAGAAAACUGAAAGGAGUGGUGAGAAAACAGAGAAAACUGAGAGGAGUGGUGAGAAGACUGAGAAAACUGAAAGGAGUGGUGAGAAGACUGAGGAGAAAUCCGAGAAGAGUGCUGAGAAAAGUGCCGGUGAUGGGGCUAAAGUGCGGCAGGACUCUGGUCUGGAAGGCCUUGCGGCCCUCCCGGAAAUGCACGCUCUUAGGCUCAUGUACGACAACGCUAUGCUACACGUGAAAAACCGUCAACUCCAAUGGCUGAUGUCGGAGCUGAAACAGGAGCACCUUGUCACUCUCCAACUGGUUGCUCAACUGCGGAAACGUCGUGGCGUCGGUGCAAUGAAGGUGAACACCGCCGACAAAGCUGUUUCGGCCACAUUGCUGGUGGGUGAUACAGAAGCUCACUUGGACGCGGAUUCCCGUUAUGCGAAUCUGCCCUCCGUCACUGUGAAUAUUGAAGAUAAAGGAGUCACUGCAGACAGCAUCUACGGCAGGCCAUCCACCAAAUCCACACAGAAGAAAUGUAAACAUAUUAUGGCAGGAGUUCAGGACGACGUCAACUGGGAAGAACUGCAGUCCUGUCUUCUACCUGCAUUCUAUACUUUUUAAAGCUUUUGAUUUAUCCACCGCAAUAUCUCUUUUGAUCAAUGGAUUUAUAUGAAUUCCCUUUGUUUUUGACAAUUUCAAUAACCAUUUGAGACGGAACAUUGAAUAAAUAAUACUCUUUAGAAAGACGCCACCGUCAACGUCCAGCGGUAGAGCACGCUUUACGGAAGCGCUUUUAAAGCGUCUUGUGAUGAAGACAACCCAAUAAAUUUUCUUUCAACUUGCC